AUGAUCGACUCGCUUGUCAAGAAGGAAAACACCAUCCUCCAGCGCCAGCGCAUCUACCAGGCGGACACCAGGCCCGUCUACCAGCGUCUCCCUCGCUCCAGGAUGUACAUGACCGUCUACAUGGCCUUCUUCACGCUGGGCAUGAUCGGCACCACUGGCGGCCUUAUCAACGCUGCUAGGGGCAAGAAGGCUGGUGACUCGUAGAUGUGGUGCUAGCAUACACG